AUGAUAACAACAUCCAACUUUACAUGGUGUCAGUACCGUCCAUUUGGUAAAAUUGUUGAUGGUACGCGUUUCGUGGCCUUCAAGACACCGUUACGUGACGAUUUCUUUCGUUAUCAUAGACGCAAUUUGAAACAAGAAGAUCAUUUCGAAGCGAAAACACUUCUGAAUAGUGUAAGUUUUCUUAUGCAGUCGCUUUCAUUCUAUUCUUUCGUCGCGAAUUGGAUGCACAAAGAUGGUCGACGAAUUGGUUUAGUGAUCGAUUUGACUGCAACUGAAAGGUAUUAUGAUGGACAAGAAUGGCUGAACGAAGGUGUGAAAUAUGUUAAAAUCAAAUGUAUGGGACAUUCGGCGCACAACCAAGCGGACAAUAUCGAAAAAUUUUUUGAGGUCGUCACAUCAUAUCUGAAUGAAAACGCCAACAAUGAUCUAUUGAUAGGUGUCCAUUGUACGCAUGGAUUGAACCGAACUGGCUAUAUGAUUUGUAGAUAUUUAAUUGAAGUGCUAGGAUGGGAACCGCAAACCGCUAUACGACAGUUUGAAUUAUCGCGUGGUUAUAAAAUUGAACGAGAACAAUAUGUGCAGUCACUGAGGAAGGAUUGCAUUCGAGGCUGUCGCUCUGGAAUGGCAUCAGUUGCAUUGGUGAAUAAUAUCGAGUUUCGAAAUGAGCAGAUAGAUUCUGAAUCGAGUGGAUUAACAGCUACAGCACCUGUUGUUGUGAUAGAAGAAGAGCAAGUUGAUGAUGAGGUUGUUGAUGGGACGUCGGUUUAUAGUCGAUCAGAAGUUAAUGGUGAUGACCAUGCUCGGUCUACCGUAUAA